UUUCAUCCUCGGGUCGACCGUCCAGCAGCAACAUGCUGGUUCCGCACGAGACUCACAUCAAGCCGCUGGUGCUGCUUCUUACGAGCUUGCUCAACUUUGGCGGAUGCUACUGCUACGACAAUCCGUCGGCGCUCAAGAGCCAGCUCACGCAGCACUUCAGUGGCUCUGUCUCCAAGGAGGACUUUGAAAUGUACUUUAAUCUGCUUUACUCCGUGUACUCGGUGCCCAACAUGGUGCUGCCGCUCUUCGGCGGCGUCUUGACCGACAAGUUCGGGCCGCGAUAUGUCCUCGUCGCCACCACAUCGCUCAUGCUUUUGGGUCAGAUUGUUUUCGCCACUGGCAAUUCGCUCCAAAAUCUGCCCAUCAUGCUGGGUGGUCGUGUGAUCUUUGGCCUGGGAGGGGAGACAGUGUCGGUGGCCCAAUCCGCUUUGCUCGCGGUGUGGUUUCCGGCGUCGGAACUCGCGUUUGCGAACGGGGUCAUUCUAAGCGUCAUGCGACUCGGCACUACUGUCAACAACCACGUGAGCCCCAAGGUGGCCCAAGCGUCCUCCGUGUCCACCGCUGUGUGGGUCGGUGCCGGCGUGUGCGCCGUGUCCGUCAUGGCCUCGCUGCUUCUUCUGCCCAUCGACGCCCGCGCCGAGCAGCAGAUUCACGACGAUGUCCUAACAGAUCAGGAAAAUGACCAAGAACUGCAGGUCAAAGCCAACUUGGGGCUCAGGGACGCCGCCACCUUUAGCGUGUCAUUUUGGCUCAUUGCGGCGAUGUACGUGUUGUUAUACUCGAUCGUGGGACCGUUCAACAACAUUGCCGCGGGCGUGUACAUGGAGCGCGACUACUUUCAAGCGCCUCCUUUGGAAUGUCAGCGCUGUGGCGUUGGGGCGCUAGUGAACGACCUCCGCUGUGUUUUGUCCCCCCCCUCAGUCGUUUCAAUCCACUGCGGUUCCCCCAUCGACAACCCUAUGCCCCCCAUCUCCCCCGUUUGCAUUUCCCUUGCCUCAAUUGUCGUCCACUUGUCGCGCGACCAACCAAUUCAAUUGCUCCAAGUUGCCCCCUUAUGUAGACGAAACCGCAAUCAACUGCGACGAGGUUGGGUGGAGAGACGGUCCAUUCACGCACUCGUACUGCACGGCCAAGUUCCACGCCCAAGCCCAAGCCGCCAUCCCGUUGACGUUUGCGCCGCUUCUCAUGGCCGUCCUCGCGCCGCUGUUUGGGUACUUUAUUGAUCAUGUGGGAUGCCGAGCGGUGCUCGCGACGGCUACGAUGGCGGCGCUGGCCAUCGCGCACGCCUUGCUAGGGUUCACAACUGUGACACCGUUUGUUCCAUUAACACUACAAGCUAUGGCGGUGUGUCUGUUCUUGUCGGCGCUGUGGCCAGCAGUGUCGUAUUGCGUCGAGCCACACCACGUUGGCACUGCAUAUGGCAUCCUUUCCGCGAGUUUGAACUUUGGCUUGGCCGUGGUGCCCAUGGUCGUGGUGGUCGAGUUCAACGCCAUGCACAAGUACAUUCCGUUUGUGCAUGAACUAUUUGUGGGGUUUUCUGUCCUUGGCGUCGUGAUUGGGGGGGUACUCGUGGGGGUGGACGUUCGGUCCGGCGGCGCCCUCCAUGCAGCGUCCAUGCGGGUGUACGCGCCUCCCCAAGUGAGACCCCAGCUGGACAAAGUGCCUCUGCUCCACCUGCCCAAGCCCGUCAAAGGCUACGGCACCUCAUCCGUCGCCGUGAGCUAGACUAACAAGAUGAUUUGCAUCUUGUCCUUGAUGUAUGUCGGGUGAAUCACCUUGUGUUGUCG